CAAAUCAAAUAAAAAGUGAUGACAAAGCCCAAAUGUUUAAGCAAAUCACAGAGGCCACCAAGCCCAUGUUUAAAAAACACUUCUCGCCCACAGCCACCGGCAAUCUUCCCGCCAUGGAUUCCCGGCGUAGCCUCAAACCUAAGUUUUCAAACACAUAUCUUCUUCCCCUUCAUGGCUCUGAUCUUGAAAUAUAAUUAAAAAGAAGCUGGAGAUUUCAAAAUGGACGGUUACUCUCUCUCUCUCUACCUCGGUGUUCUCGCUCCUCCCACGUUCCUCCUCGCCUCUUACGCGUUGCGUGUUUCCUAAAAAGGCCAGUUCGCCACCUUCGUCGCCGCUUCGUCCUCUUCACACAAAGCGGCGACGAUCUGAUUCCCACUACUCGAUCGUACAGAUUCGAAUCGAAUCUACGCUCCGUGUUUCCCGCGAUUAUCGAGCUGAUAUAAAGUGUAAUCAUCUUCCUUAUUCGCAUCACUCGCAUCUUCGAUUCCGCGAAUUGAGGGGGGGAGAGAACGAAUCUGCGAUUCUUCUCAAGCUGCAGGAGCUUUGAAGAUAUGACUGAUGUGGAACGUGAAGCGAUUGUUAACGAUGAAUCAGAGCCGAAUCGAUUCAGUGAUAAUGCUAGUAAAAGCCUUGUCUGUCAACUUCAUAGUGGCUUUAGUGAAAGGUUUCUCAGAUGGAGACGGAGGUAUCUUCCCGUUGGUGGAGGUACCAGACGUGGCCACGGUUCAGUGAAGCUUUCGGGACCUCUUGUUUCUGGAGCAGCUUACUGUGUCUCUUCCUGCAGCAUGAUAAUUAUGAAUAAGAUUGUUCUCUCCAGCUAUAAUUUCAACGCAGGAGUCUCUUUGAUGUUGUAUCAAAACUUGAUCAGCUGUUUGGUGGUAGCUCUACUAAAACUCUCUGGAGUGGUUUCAGUGGAAAGAUUUAACUGGAAGUUGAUAAGAGUGUGGAUGCCUGUUAAUGUUAUCUUUGUGGGCAUGCUCAUCUCAGGAAUGUACAGUUUGAAAUACAUAAACGUUGCUAUGGUGACUAUACUGAAGAAUGCAACGAAUAUUAUUACAGCGAUAGGGGAGUUAUACAUGUUCCGAAAAAGGCAGAAUAACAAGGUUUGGGCUGCAAUGUUCAUGAUGAUCAUCUCUGCAAUUAGCGGAGGCAUCACGGAUCUUACAUUCAACGCGGUAGGGUACACGUGGCAGACUGCCAACUGCGUUCUAACUGCAAGUUAUUCACUUACUCUGCGCCGAGUCAUGGAGAAAGCAAAACAGUCCACAAAGUCUGGGUCCCUUAAUGAGGUGUCAAUGGUGCUGCUGAAUAAUCUCUUGUCACUGCCUUUUGGCAUAAUCCUUAUCAUCUUACUGGGUGAAUGGAGAUACGUAAUAAGCACGGAUGUGACACAAGAUGCAAUGUUUUGGGUAGCCGCAACAGCAAGUGGCUUCCUUGGUCUGGCCAUCAGCUUCACUUCGAUGUGGUUCUUGCAUCAAACCGGACCCACAACUCUGGUGGGUUCAUUAAACAAGGUUCCGAUAUCAUUAUCUGGUCUUGUACUCUUUGAUGUCCCUCUCAGUCUCCCAAAUUUGUUCAGCAUACUUUUUGGUUUAUUUGCUGGUGUUGUCUUUGCCAGAGCCAAAAUGUCAUAACCGUGUUUCCAAGCCAAAGUACAACUCGUUGCAGAGGCUGAAGACAAUUUUUUCUAUAAAAAAAACACAGAAGAGAAAGGCUUCUCGAUCUGUAGCUAAUAGUUCCAACUUUGGAUACAUUUUUCUUAUACAAGGUAGAAACAUGGAGGUUCUAUCGAUUUUCAGUUUUGAGAGCUUACUUUAACGUAUCAACCAUAAAUUGUACAUGGAUAAUGGAUAAGUAAUCCAUACAUUCGACUUGAAUGGUUGUUGAGGACUCUUUAGUAUAUUUAAGCUUUCUGAUC